AUGGACGAUCUGGACUGGACUGCAAUACUACCAGUACCAGGCCAAUUUGCCGUCCAGCAUGAUGCAUCCGACAUCAUCGAUGGGGACAUCUUUGGGCAAAAUGCCCUCCAGAAUGAACCCUGCGGUGGCUUCAAUGACGACGGUCUAGGGCCUAUUCCGUUCCUAGAUGAGCACAAUAUCAUGAUCAACGAAGAUAACUUCCCCAUGUUGCAAGCUAUUAGACACGAUUACAUCAAUUCUAGUACGGCUAAUAAAAUGUCCGACCAAGGCGGCUCCUGUGGAGAUGGGCAUCUAGGACCGCUCAAUUUCAGCCAGCAGAGCGGGCAUGGCAGUACAGCUUUUUAUGGCGGAUUUGAAGCAACCAACAGUCCAUGGCCAUUCAAUGACUCCGUCUUUCAGCCUCAUCUCAAUUUCCAGCCUCAUGUCGAAACCAUGGCCAAUUGGCCCGCACCUCAAGGCUUGAACGGAGUGUCAAAUCACAAUAUUGCCAGCACGGCUUACCUGCAUAAUCAUAUUAGCGGCAACGUAAACGAAAGCGGCUCUGGGACAGGUUUCAACCUCGGAAAUACGAGCCGCAAUAUCAGCUACUCUGAACAAUGCCCGCCGCUAAUUCAAAUCGAAAUAUCUGCUCCUCCCAUGCGACGUAGGGAAAAGAAGGACGGCGGGGACGCUGGCAAGAAACAUAGAUACUCAGAGGCUGAUUGGGUGUACAUGCGUGAACAUCAUCUCAAGCGGCUAAUGCUGGAUAAACAUACCACAAAAGAAAUAGCAUUCGAGCUGACUGUGAUUCACAAUUUCCCAACUUCGAGCAGUACAUUAGGAAAUAAGUUUCGCGAGUGGGGGCCAGAGUUCAGAAAAAAUGGAUCGGAUCAUGAUGGGAGGACUCCCCGCCGCCGGGCAGCACAGGCCUUGCCUAGCAACGAGACAAAGAUGAUAGAUUCUGCCACCAUAUUUCUACAAAAGCCAUCGAAAAGAAAGACGAGGUUUAAUCCCGCGCCAGGUCCUACUUUCCAGGCAUACAUUCACCAGGAGAAAAUGUUUCAUGAACUCGACAACUUGAUCAAGGGGUGCUUUGAUAAAGGUACGAAAAGCAAAAGAUGGACUCCUGACACCUCCUCUUUCAUCCCGCCAAUGGGAGCGGUAGACAAGUCGAAGUCCUGGCGACUUCUGUCCGCCCAAUGCUCUGGCAUUGCACUUCUCGGCGAUGCAAUGCUGUACGACCACGUCCUUUUCCUGUUCAGCAAAGUCUUAGAGCGAUCAAAGGCAGCUGCUCAAUCUUGCGACCCCAACAUUCUAAUCCAUUUCUGGACGAUAUGCCAUUCACUCUGCAAUGUCCGCUUUCCCAAGCGCAGAGAGUUCAUCCUCCUGCGAGUCUUGCUGCGGCAUCUGAGAGAUGAGUUCUCAAAGUCUCUUGGGAGCCAUCCCUUAGUAAGAUUCCUGGACUCGUUGAUCAAAGUCUUGGAAUUUUCGCCUGAUGACUUGCGAACAACAGUGGGUCUGGCGUACUGGAAGACCAUUCAUGUCCUUGUGGAUUCGGGUGGCAUUCCACGCAAUCAUCGCAUGAUACUGAACAUGGGAUCACAUUGCACCAAAAACUGGAAAAACAAGUUUAAAGUGCAUACGGAAUUGCUCGAACCACCAUACAAAGCACUUCUUGAAUCUAUGGAAGCUUGCCCCAAUACCAAGGUCGAGCAAAAGAUUAGCCUUUUGUACGACUACACAGAAGCCAUAUCAAGAAGCAAGUACAACACCAAGGAUGUUGUGGAUCAGGCAAUCCAGCUUUGGAUUCAAAGCGCGGAUCUAUGUCGCAAGCGCGCGAGGAUGCAACGCCUACACUGGACGGAGCACGCCCAGGCCUUGGCGUUUUCGACGGAAGUGGUCGCGAAGCACUACCUUGAGUACUUGAACGAGCAUGGAAAGACCGUUUCCCCGAGUCACGACCGCAGCAAGGGCUUUUGGUAUAUGAGUGAAGCAAUUGAGAUCUUGCGUCUAGGGGACCUACUAUGUCGGAUCCGGGCCUUUUGCUUUUCAAGGCGGUUGGGACUUUGGCUCAAGUCGUAUUAUGGAGCCAAGAGUGCGAAGGAAGAGAAACUCCGGCGUGUUCAAAUACUGAGCCGCAUCCCCAAGACCGUGAUCACCGUGUCUGAGCCUCAGAAUCUAGCCAUCCGCGAGAGGGGAGGCAAUAGCAUGACUCGCUGGCGCCGUCAACGAAGGAUAGUGCGAGACACACUCUGUUCUUACCUACCGGAGCUGUGA